AGUCUGCACCCACCCAAGUGCCAUUAAUGCAGCAUGUAUGGCCUUGUAGAUGCAGGGAUUCCUAUGAGGCAUCUUGCUGUCUCCAUAUGCUGUUGCGUGGCAAGGAGUGGACUUGUUAUUUUGGACCCAACCAAGCUAGAAGAGCAGAAUAUGAAGGCAUUUGCAUAUUUAGUCUUCCCAAACUUGGUCCAUCCAGUCCUUCCUGAAGGAUCACUAAGUGUGCAAGGUGAACCCAUUGAAAAUGGGAUUGUUACAUCUGUUACUCAUGGUAUAAUGUCAGUGGAUGAUUAUUUUUACUGCCUAGAACGGGGGCGUGCUGCAAGCACCAAAUUGUUUGAUUUUCUCGGGAGGAACUUGCAACAACAAUCAGUUGAUUCAUCUAAAGCUGGGUGACUUUAUAGCACUUUCAGUCGCAUAGCCUCAACCACUGGGGAAAUCCCUGGUUUUUUUGAAUUUCAUGUUUUACCGGACUUCAGCAUCAGCUAUUGUUGUAUUGGUUGAGCUCUCAUUUCCUCACAGUUUCACAACCUUUCUGACCAAAUUGUAUUAAAAGUUUGAUGUAAUGAUACCCUUAUUGUUUCUAAGUUUUGAUCUUGUUACAAC